AUGGCCUCCCAGAUCCCCCGACGCCUGUUCAGCACUACCGCCCGUCGCCUGCAGUCCAAUGGCGACCUGAAGAGCGAGUCCAAGCGCAACCCCGAGCUUAUGAUCCUCGGUGGUGUCAUGGUCGCUGCCCUCGGCGGAGCCGGCUUCUACUUUGGCCGCUCCCCGACAAAGUCCACCUCCGAAAGCCCCGUCACCAUCGCCAGCAGACCCUGGGAGGGCGAGGGCGAAGGCAAAUACAAGUACCACCCCGGCGGUGAUAUUUCCAAGGAACCCAAGGACGCUCCCAGCGCCCUGAACGUCGUCGUCGUGCCCAACGUCACGCUGCCCGCGGAGCUGCAUGAGAAGUACAACAAAUGGGGCAAGGAGGGAUAUCCGUAA